AUGCCUAAAGUACCUCCAAGCACUAUUGCCGUCCUUGGAGGCGGCAUCACUGGCCUGAGUGCUGCUUUUCAUCUCACGCGUCGGUUCCCUCAAGCGCGCAUAAUUAUCUUUGAGAAAUCUAGUCGGCUAGGCGGAUGGAUACGAAGUCGACGUGUCGAGGUCAAGGAUUCAGUUGGCAGCACGGCACAGAUGUUGUUGGAGGCAGGUCCGAGGACGCUUAAGCCAAACAGCCCAGCAUUAUUAGAGUUGACAAACCUGCUUGGCCUAAAUUCCUCCUUACUUACCGUCCCUAAAUCAUCCCCGGCCGCCAAGGAUCGAUACUUACAUAGGCCUGGAACUCGCGGCCUGCUUUCCCUACCAUCCUCGCCAUUCUCCGUCUUUACUUCGCCUGGGGCCACUGCGCACCUUUUACAAGGCAUCUUAAUCGAUUUAAUACGAAUUAAAAACAGGAAUAAGGACGUGAUCGAUGAAACUGUAGGCCGCUUUCUGCAGCGUCGCUUUGGUCCGAAUUUUGAACGGAUGUUUGGUUCUGCUUUGGUUCAUGGUAUAUACGCUGCAGAUGACAGGAGGCUCAGCGUCAAUGCGGCGUUCCCUAGUCUAUAUGAAGCAGAAGAGCGUGGCAAUGGUAUUGUCACUAUGGGACUGUUUUCGAAAAUGAUGGACCGUUUCAGGUUCAAUGAGGCGUCUCAAGAGGUAUCACAAGACGACUACGACGUUGGCGAAUUGCGAGACUUGAUGAAGGAUACGUCUGUAUUCUCGUAUGUUGACGGGAUUGAAACACUCCCGAGAGCGCUAUCCACUUAUUUACGCAACUCUGGGAAGGUGACAAUACGCACUAAUGCUCCUAUGAAAGAGUAUUAUCUGAAGGCCGACUUAGCAGGCAUUAGGGUGAUUAUCGUGCUGGAGAAUGGCGAGGUAGUUGAUGUUUCACAUGUGGUUGCGGCUAUGCCGCCACCACUAUACUCCAGGCGUGGAGAAACGACUCCCCCAUUCGCUCGUAGUGUUCAGGUUGAAGUCCCUACGUCGUCUGUCACUGUCAUCAACAUUGUCUUCCCUCCUUCAAAGCAUCCCAUAAUCCCUCCAGGAUUUGGUUACCUCGUACCCCGUCAUAGAGAUGGAUAUGAGAAACAUAAUAUCGGUUUCCUUGGCACGGUUUUCGACUCAAACAUGCUGUCUGACCAAGACCAAGGUGCUAGUGGUUUUAUAAAACUUACGGUGAUGAUGGGAGGACCGUACAGCCUCACACCAUCGCAUACGAAGAUAGAGAAUGUCUUGGCGCAGCUACAACUUCAUCUAUCCCCGAUAAAUCAUCGACACCAAGGUACACGCUUACCAUGGCCCGUUUACUACGAAGUGGUGGAAAAUAAGAAAUGUAUUCCGAUACCUGAGAUCGGGCAUCUUGUUAGGAGAAAGCACUUGAGGGAAGCACUACAGCGGUCUCCGUGGUUUGGCCGUAUGGAAGUCAUAGGAGCUAGUUACGACGGUGUCAGCGUCGCUGAUUGCGUUGAAGCAGGUAGAAAUGCUGGAAAGGAUUGGUGA